AUGUCGUCGCCGAAUGAUCGCCCCACAGCGCCUCGUCGGAGGACCGCUCAUGGCGCCUUCGUUUCGACGCUCUCACGACUCGCACCAACGACGGCCACGACAAGUGCCGGUACCGUCGAACCGUACACGCCCUCCACUCCUGGCUACCCUUCGCUUGGAUCGACGUUGACCUCACAGGCCGCGUCGCUGACUGCUUCGCCGGCCUCGACCUCGUCCGCGCCAGCUGCGAUCAGCCUCGAUACGACCACCGCCACCGCCACCGCCACCGUUGCGGCGCCCAACAUGUCCCUCAUGUCUUCGCCACUCAGAGUUGUCGCAGGGGCUGCUGAUGGUGCGACCGCGAGUCUCAACACGCGGGCGAGCGCCUCGACUGGUGUGAGCUCCGGCACGACCACCGCGGGCGUCUCCGCGACGAGCGCAAGUGGGGCGCCAACCACCGCCCUCGAUGCGCUCGAAGCACUCGCCCACGCCAGCCACGACCCCACCGCCGUAUCGACCGCGGUCCCAAGUACGACGACAGCAACACCCACUACGAGCUCCAACAUCAUCAAGCCUGCCCCGAAGAAACCGUUGCUCGCGCGGGCAUCGGCGUCGCCGUCGUCGGCUUACACCGCGCCCCCGAUCGCGAGAAGCUCCAGUGACCCGUCCCGCUCACGCGAGCCUCAGCUUCGAACUGCUGCAACCAGCGCCAGCGACUCGUCUUCGUGGAGUCUCAACUAUGGCCAAAACUCGUCCACCUCUCACAAUUCCUACGGCGGGUUCGAGGCCCUUCCUGCGUCCACCUCGUCCUACGUCUCGUCCUCAUCGUACUAUCACGCCGAUGUCAACGCCAGUCAUUUCUUUGGCGCAAAUGCAGCAUUCUCCUUCGAGGACCCAUCCGCGUCCUACAUCCGCUAUCAGAGCCAGUUUCAGCAGGCCGGUACGAGUAUAUUCAAUCGUGUGUCGGGCCAUAUUCGGUCCCAAGCCUUGAUGGGUACAGCGCCGAUACUAGCCUCGGGCUCCCAUCAGUCCUCGGCCGGAUCCUCGGCAUUCAACAACUCGCCCGUCGGAUCUUGGUCUGCGGAGAAUGCUUUCGCAGGAACGAGCCGACGCUACAACGGGGAGAGUCCGCUCGGAGGUGGGCGGAAGCUGAAGGAGCAUUCACGCGCGAUGCGAUACUCGAUCGGCGUCGUCUCGAGGGAGCGGGGUAUGGUUGCCAUGGCCAGGCCCAAGGAGGACGGCGAAGGAAGAGUAGCAGUAGCUGGGCGGGCUUGUAAGUGGCCGCCUAAAUUCGCUGAUUGUUAUGAACCCGCUCAGUAUUGAACGCGCAUGCCGUUUGCAGGUCUGAGGAUACUCAAAGUCCCCCGCGGAGGUGUGCGCCGUGCUGUGGAUCCCAACGCGUCGGCCAUAUCGACCGCCUCGAUUGCAUACCGUCGCUCAAGAUCGCGUGGUACCACCGCCUCGGAUGGAUACGUGGGUUCGAGCGAAGACAGCGCUGCACCGGAGCGUCGAGUGGAAAGAGAUGGUAUCAACGAGGUGCUCGAUGUCAAACUGGGUUCUCGACUAGGCGGCGCUCACCUCUUCAGCGAUGUGGCGUGGGGCUAUGCGGCCACUUCGACUAAGCUGGCCACCGCCUCCACGAAUGGUACCGUUGUGUUGUGGGACCUGAACAAAGACGGCUCGAAUCGAGUCGACCAGGUUCGGCACGAACACGACCGCAAAGUCAAUCGCAUCUUAUUCGGUGGCAGCACCGGGUCGUGGGUGGCCAGUGGUGGUCAGGACGGCUUGAUCAAGUUGUGGGAUGUGCGCGAGGGCCCAAACCAAACACGGAAACUCAAGACGGCGUCCCCCGUCAAGCAUCUCGCUUUCUCCCCUUCCUCAUCGCAACCGUGGACGUUGCUCGCCGCUUGCGCCUCGGGGACCUUGAUCCGCUUCGACGUCAGAAACGUCAACCAAAGAACGGGUGGAGUGACGGACCGCAUUGCCGGCCAUACCGAUGCUUGCCUUUCGUUGGACUGGCGAGACGGGUUCCACCAUGAGCGCAUCGACAGCGCAGGCGGAAGCAGAGACGGUGGGUGGGUCGUCACCAGUGGAUUGGAUCGUACGAUCAAGAUCUGGGACUUUUCAGGGGCGACGAUCGCGACCAAACCUUUCCGAACGCUGUACCCUGCACAACCGGCUGCGACCGUCGCUUGGCAUCCGACAAAGCCGACCGAGCUCGCGACCAGCCCUCUGUCCUUGCUCUCGGAGGAAGGCAAUUCGGAUGGCGGCGAUACAUUGGGUGGUCUCGACCACGCCGCAGCGGGUUGGAAGACGGAGAUUGAGGUCUGGGACAUUCGAAGGCCACAUUUCCCCAAGUACGCGCUCAAAACGGACGAGCACCCCUCAGCGAUCCUUUACAACGAUGACGAAACACUUUGGACCGUCUCCAAGUCGAACUCAACCUUCCAACAACACGACAUCAAUGCCGAUUCCUACGUAUUGCUGGACAGUAUCCCGCGAGCGACGCCGGCUUGGUCAUACGAUGGGACAAUGUCUUUCAUCGAUGAAGCCCGUACGAGCCAUGACGUACCCUUCGAGUUCCGCUCGGCCAGGAUCGAGGACCAAAUCGACCAACAGGGUCUGGAAGCACGCAGGUAUCAAUCAACGGCUUACAUCAACACGUUGCAGCAGUUCGAUCCCGAGUUCUCGGCCAGCCAGUUCGCAAACCUGGCGAACAGUCUCGUCGUCGGGGGACUCAGCUUUGCGGAAAUGUGCGAAACCAAUGCCAAGGUGAGUGGGACAUGACUCCGCGGUCGCACGUGUAACCCAAGCAACUUAUAGCACAGUCACUGACCGGUUCAACAUUUGUAGACCUAUGAGUACGCCGAGCGAAUGGACAGGUGCCAGUUUUGGAGGAUACUUAAAAUUUGGCUCGAAGGCACGACGCCCCCCGAAUCGUCGUCCGCGACACCUCUCAAAGACGGAGCCCCUCCUUCGUUCAAACCCGAUGUUCUUGCCGCUGCAGCGAGCUUUGGGACAUCACCGCAUCGGCUCCGAUUUCCCCACUCUUCCGCAUACGCCAACUCCCGAUGGUCCGUGACCACAUCGCCUCACGUUGGGCCGACGGACAUUUCGAAUAAGGUUCCGCUCCCGGACUUUGCCGAAGAGUCCACAUCGAGUGAAACCGAUUCGCCCCACGCCGAGGAUCACUCUCAGCCCACAUCGCGAGCUUACUACCCUGAUUUGAGCUCGACGUCGAGUGACUCUGAAGCUGAAUCCCACUUCAAAGUGAGCGCGGCGCGGAAGCUCAGCUCUUCCAGUUCAGGCAACGCUGUCAAGGCCGGACUGGGAGGCUUGACAUCGCUGAGGCCCCUCAAUACUAAUGGCUCCGGUCUGACCAUGGGACGAAGGUCGACGAGCUCGACUUUUGGCGGUACAAACCUAGGUGGCACCGCGACCCCCAUCGAUAACACUCUCGAGGCGUCGAGACCUUCUUCGGGCUCAAGGCACCGCACAGGGCCCGCUCGCCCUUCAGGUUCAAGUUCCGAGAACGAGUCGGGCGAAGAAGACGGUGAAGGCAUGUCCCGCAGAGAUCGGGUCACUUCGCUCCAAAUUGCGCGCUCGCGGCGCGCUAGCUCGAGCACGAGCGACAAACGCCGACCGACACAGCUACGUGAAGCUUUCAUGGCGGCGCAGAUCAAUGGAAGUCGCGCCGUAUCGGCAGACCCGACCGUGGUCGGUCUGAUCAACUCUCGAAGAGGAUCGCUGGCACCCCCGGGGACCCAUGCGCGCAAUUCGAACGACCUCCAAGCUGCUACGGCCGAGAGGGAGCAGAUCGAGCUGCUGAUACUGAAUACUCAGCGGGCCCAAGCGAUGAGCCGUCGCCUCGAGGAGGCGACCGAGAUAAUGAAAAGACAGAUCGCUUCGGUGCUACAGGGCUUUGCCGAUGAUGUGAGUGCAAGAUAUUAUUCAGCUGUCGUUAUCUGUCUACUGAUGUAUGGUCAUUGACCGGUGACUGGCUUUGGGGGGUUGGGGAGCUCAGGGAGAUUCGCAGCUCUGCGCGGUCGCAUGCUGCGUGUUGCAGGAUCGCGACGUUGAGCUGGACUCGCUGUUUGUUGCACGCGUUACACAAGCAUACCUAGGUUCGUUGGUUCUUAUCUUUCUGUCUGCCUUCCGUUUCCGUGAUUGCCCCCUCACGGCGACCGUGUGCUGCCUCACAGACUCGCUCAAUACCGCAGAGUUGCACAUCGCGGCAGCUUCGUUACAAAAGUACACACCUGUCGUGAAGUUGCGGGAGAAAGCUCAGGUGAGCAACCUCAUUGAGGAUUGAUCUUCUGCACCUCCUUCGACAACUGAACGCUUCCUUCGGACUGUUUGCACACUUUUCAGACCUCAGUGACCUUUCAUACCGCUUGCGGCAAUUGUGGCAAAGCUUUGGAAGGACCUCCCUUCAAUGCGUGCGUUCGGUGCUCGGCCCGAGCCACCCGCUGUUGCAUCUGCCAACACGACGUCGACGCGCUGCUGGUCUUUUGCGCUGUCUGCGGUCACGGCGCCCACCCAACAUGCCUCGCAUUGUACUCCAGCGCGGUCUCUGUGAACGAGUGCUCCGAGCCGACCAAAUCUCCGACGCCGGAUCGCAAUUUCGGGACCAGGAGGAGCUCAGUCGCCAGCUUGGCGUCCGCUUACCCAUCACACCCUUCCACUCCUGGGCUUUUGGCUCCUCUACGCGCAUGGAUGUGGGGGGAAGAGGGUCCAAUUGCUGAGCAGUCCGAGCUGCGAAUGAGCACCGAAUUUGGCACUACAUUUGCUCAGCGCCUGAGUGAGCAGGAGGAACUGCUCGCGGGUUGUCCUUCGGGCCUGUGCGAACACAGUCCUUGUAUCUUGGCAGCGUGA